AUGCGGAGGCUGCACCACCCGAACAUUGUUGGUUACAAGGACUCUUUCCUCACCCCGCGAAAGGACCACCUAUGCAUCGUUAUGGAGUACUGCGACGGGGGCGACCUCAGCACGCAAAUCAAGAACGCGCGGAAGCGGCUCUUUCCCGAAAGCAAGAUCCUCCAUUGGUUCGUUCAGAUCGCGCUUGGUCUGCACUACAUGCACAGCCGCCUCGUCCUCCACAGAGACCUUAAGACGCAGAACAUUUUCCUCCUGGGGAAUGGCCGGCUGGUGCUAGGCGACCUUGGGAUAUCAAAGGUGUUGGAGGGCACGAUGGACUUUGCCAGCACACGAAUUGGAACGCCGUACUACAUGUCCCCUGAGCUCUUCGACAACAAGCCCUACAACCACAAGUCUGACAUCUGGGCCCUCGGGUGCGUUCUGUACGAGAUGUCGGCGCUCAGCCACGCCUUCGACGCAACUAGCCUCCACGGCCUCGCCCAGCGCGUGGCAAAGGGGCGGUACCCGUCGAUUCACGUCAAAUACAGCCGAAACCUACGCGACCUGAUCAGCCGGAUGCUUGCCACUUCGCCCUCCCAGCGGCCAGAUCUCGACCAGAUCCUUCAGCUAGGGUUCAUAAAGAAGCACAUACACAACUUCCUGGCGGACAUCGUGUCGAGAGAGUCCCACAAGAUGGGAGAGGGGACGAUGGUGCUCAAGGCCGCGGCCGUCAACAUGCUUGCAGACGCCGAGGCUGAUGGCAUGGAGAUCGUGUAG